AUGCUAACGACCUCGCCAAGAUCUAGCUAUGAGUUCAACACGUCGACGCUGGAGACUGUUGGGGUUCCCUUCAAAGCGUACACCAACCGCCGUGUCGUUGGGCUUCUUGGGACCAGUCACCACACCAUCAAGUUCUGGGCCUUCGAGUCCUGCCAGCGGAUCGCAUACUUUGACUGUGAUGAAGAUAUUUACUACAUCAAUGCUAUCCUCUCACCUGACUCACGCCAAUUAGCUUACACGACAUGGCACAUCGAAGCUAAUUAUAAGAUAUAUGUAUGCAACACUCCACUCAGCGUUCUUGCUAGCAUCUGGCCUGCACAAGAAGUAUACUCCACCCUCACCCAAAUACGCAUUUACCCACAUGAAUUCAUAUUCUGUGAGCCAACCGUCUCUCGAAGAUUGAUCGAGCGUUUACUCGAGUCCGGCGCAACCCGCCGUCCUGCUGUGACGCCGCCUUCCACACCUUUCUUCCUCAGGCUUCAAAGGUUAUUGUAUACAAUAGACCCGCAGCAAUCCAUGUUCCUUCACCAUGUCCGCAAACUCCUUCCUUUCUUGAACGCAGUUCCUCCUGUUCGGAGUCAUCAACCUCGCGAUCUCCUAGAUGUAUGUCGUUUACGCUGCUUCCUCCGCAGUUGGUUCGAUUAUCACUCUGCAGUUCCCUGCUACAUCGGCCCUACCUAUCUCUCCUUCGGCCCGGGGGCCCGGGUUACAACUCAGGGUCAUUCAGACAUGGGUCCUCCCGAGCAUUCUCGAGCACCGUCAACUACCCUUCCCCCACCUUUAAAAGCCCACCUACGCCACCUAUCAUCUUGGUGGCCCAUUCAUUCUGGCCCUACACAACCAUCUAUUGUCGAUGUUCCUCUCGCACCGGGUCAAUCGCGGGUGCUCCCAGUAAUGACAAUAACUAGAUACGUGACGAAGACUUUGACCCUAAUUCACAACAGCCAUCCUCAGCUGGGCAUAUCAACACUGGAGAACAUAGAAGCGGCCGGUUGUGUUUCUGCUUCUAGUGCUUUCGCAUACAUCCCCUUUGCAUUUCAGUUUUGAUUGCUGACGUUGUAUAUGUAGCAGUAUUUAUCGAUAUGCUGUAACUAUCGUACUCUGAAUGAUGCUGCUCUCGCGAUCUUAUGGCAGUGAUUGGAACACCAAUGCGAUGAUGAAGAUGCUC